AGCGUCCAGCUGUGGAAUUAUGGGAUUUAUUGACAGACGGACACUUCCUUGCUGUAUCGUCCGAUAAAAUCGCGCUUAGCACGUGCGUGCGGAAAAAAGCGCAGCAAUAUUUACUCGAAAACGAUCGUACGGAUAUAACCCAUAAAACUGAUGUUUAUGUGAUAUUCCUCAUUUUGUUGGAAGAAAAUAAUAAAAAGAACGCUUUUGAUCGGAACAAUUUUAAAUUGAGUGUGCUGAAAUAAAAAAUAACUUUUCAUUAAUUCGAAAUUAUUUUCACAAAAAUAUCGUUGCAUUAUUUGCGAUGUGACCGCAUUGAAUAAAGCGGUUACAUAUGUACUACCAAUAUACAAUUAUAUUUUCGGGUACUAUAAUACUGGUACAUUCAGUCAAACGAUACAAAAUAUUCAGCUUGCGGUAACGCAUGUGGUUCCGACUCGUUAGUAAUAUAAAAUUCGGACGAGUGGAUCAAAUUUAUCUAAUCUUUUUACCGUUCAUAAAUGACGUGCGUUGUUUUACAACCCAUAAAACACUAUUAACUGCGGUCUCUGGUUUGUAUUCGUAUAAAGUUUCAAUUAAGACAUAAUUAGCGUUUCGGUGACUUGUUUAUUGCACGGGAAACACCGUAUUAUACACCGCGCAACGACUUUCCAGCGAGGCUCGGGUUUCAAUGGAUAGUCCGAUAAGCCCAACGGCGGGGCGCUGUACAGACAGGUGUUAGUGUGACAUUUGACUGUUGCGGAGAGUGCCGAUGGCAGAUGAAGGCAUGUUAUGAUUACAAGAAAAGGACUGACAUAAAGCAUACCAACUAUUGAUCGAGAUCGAUGCAAAUUUCGGGUUUAUAAUGAGGCGAGAGCCCCGGAUUGUAUGUGAAAGGAUAUCCGCUACAUAGACACCGAUAUUUGAAUUUCUCAUGUGGAAAAGUGAUCUUACUUUUUUAGGUAUAAAAAGAAAUAUACAUUUUGGUGUUAAUUCAGCAUUCAUGUGAUUAUAAAUACAUAAAGGUCUCGUACUUUUGUAGAUAGAUCAGGACAUAAUUAUUUUGAUAUCAAAUAACACACAGUGUGAAAUAAAAGGAAAUUAGUUAUGAAGCGAUAAUAAUACGAAUGGGUAUUAAUUUUAACAUUGAGUUGAAAUGUUAGACACAAUCAGAGAAAACAACUAUUAUUAGCGUAUUGCCUUGAUGGGAAGUAUUCUGCAGCAUAUCCUUAAACGAAGAGUUAACAAGUCAAAUUAAAAGCGCACGAACGGACAAGUGGAGUUGAAAUCCUGUUUAAGGGAAAGUGCAGUUUGAAUCGCUUUUAAGUAAAAGUGCAUUUCAAAUCCCUUCAAACGACAAGUGCAACUGAUAUCACUUUCGCAGACAAGAGGAGCUUAAAUACAUUGAAGGUAAAAGUCCACCACGGACAUCUUAACACUUGAAGAAGGACAAUGCCUCGCCGCCGGAAGGACGCUAAGUUGAGCGCCGACGACGACGACGAGGACGCGGCACUCCGUAAGGUCAACAAGCAACACCAACCGAUCCAGCGGCACGCCGCCAACGAACGGGAGCGAUGCCGGAUGCGCGUCCUCAGCAAGGCGUUCUCGAAACUCAAAACGACGCUACCGUGGGUUCCGUCUGACACAAAGCUAUCCAAACUUGACACUUUAAGGCUGGCCUCCAGCUAUAUCGCGCAUUUGAAGCAGAUACUGGACGGUAAUGACGACGAGAUCGAGUGUAACCCAACAACGGCCAUUCAUCCGCUUAAUUUGACCUGGCCAUUUAGUUUUCAACACAAGGGCGACAACCCAAACCACUCUCCAACGGACAGUUCCAGGAGUGACAAAGACACUUCCAGUUUAUCCGAGGACCAUUGUCUCGAGGAUUUAGUUACUGAAUCACCAUAAUUACGUGUUCAAAUGAUUUGACAUAAACAAAUGGCACAGUUUGUGCGAUAACUGGUUUUACUCGAAAAGGUUUGUGUGGGAUGAUAAAUCGAAGUGCUGUUUGUUCUUGAUCAGUGCUAAGGGACUUGUUUACAGAUUGGGACAUUUUUAAGUGUGUCCAUAGAUGCCUUAAAAUGCUAGAUUAUAACCACGGAACUGUAGAGAUUCACUAUAAUAGAACACAUAUAAUUUUAGAAAGAAAUAAAUGAAACGUUCCUCUAAUUCGGAUUUCGAACCACUGUCAUCUGUUGUCUGAACCAAUCGGCCGUCCGGACUUAUCUGUUCAUGCUUUUUAAAUUGUAUUUUGGUCAUCCACGUGUUGUAACAUAAUUAAACAAAAAUAGCAUAAUGAUUCAACAUUAUUUAAUCGUUCUGAGUUUGUCUACGUCAUUGGUGUUAUUUCGCUCUGUGUCAUUUUUUUUAAUCUGUUAGAAAAAUGUAAUUUUGAGAAUCUGUAAACAUGUCCCACUAAAAUGCAUAAUACUCGGAUUCUGACCUAGAUCCAAUACAAUGCAGUAGAUCAAUUGUAUUUCCAACAUACAUUUUUAAUAUGUUGUAUACACGUUUUUCGUUUUAAGACUAUAUUUUUAUUUUGCGAACGUAUUUCAAUAUGUAUGUUACACAUAAUAAUGGUUUAUGUAAGUAUGGCAUUUUUAAAACUAUCAGUAACCAUGGUUAUGAAGCGAUCAGAUUACAUAACAGAACGGUUGUGGAUGGUAAUUCUGUGACUAUCCAGGCAGGCCUAUGAAACGCUCAUGGCAAUUUGAAAAAAAUUCAGUCCAAAAGAAAGUCAUAUCCCCGCCGAGAAUUUUUGACUGUCAAUUGGUGACCUUGAUCUUUAGAAACGUGACUUAAACAAGCCUUUUGUAUAUUCUCCCAAUUACUUAAACAUUUUGAUUACGUUUGAUCCUUCCGUAAGUAAAAUCCUUCAAUGGGUAAAUCAUAUACAGACCGUACACAAAAACAAGGCUUCAACUUUUGACUUUCAAAUAUGACACUGACCAUAAGCCGGCGUGACUGACUCAUGCUUUCUGCACAUCUUUAUUAUGUUUCGAAGUUUCGUGCAAAUUAUUUAGUUCAUAUAGGAGAUAUGGACAAUAGAUGCUCAAUUUUUGCCCUUGAAGGAUAGCUAUGACAUUGAGCUGACAUGACUGAAUGCCUUAUGCCGUUUUCAUAACGUUCAAAUGACCGGCACGGAUAUAGAGGCUCAAACUUUUGACCUUUGAGUUUAUCAUUGACCGAUAGCAAGCGUGACAAACCCAUGAAUUCAAAAAGUAACAAAGUUUCAUGAUUUUUUUUUAAAUGGUUUAUGCAAAAACAUUGGACAGAGAAGAAUGACCUUGACCUUAGCCGGCAUGUCUUACUCAUGACCUCUGCACAUCGUCUCAAUUCCCCUACCAGUACAGACAAAUAAUGAAAAUCAUUCAAAAGGCCAUGAGCAGACACCGAAAUGGAGCUCAAACCUAUUACAUUGAACAAUGGCAAUCGUGACUGACUCUUUUCUUCUGCAUAUCGUCUAAAUGGCCUCAAUAUAUGAGCCAAUUUCAUGAAAAUCGGCUGAAGAGUAUAGCAUAUACAUGUAUACAGUGAACAUGGAAGGGUUACGGGCAAACUAACUGGCAGAGUGACAGACGGAUGGACGAAAGGUAUUCCUAUGGAUUACGACGGGGAAGACAAUAACUGACGCAGCGACCAAUGAUUUUUAUUAAAGAGCAAAAAAUAAACAGUAAUGAUAUUUGUUUUAAAAUAAAUAUGUUCACAGCACACUUAUUUAUGAAUGAUUUACAAUUUAAUAUAAAAUUUAAACUAUUUGUAUUGUAUCUUGAAGGCGCAUUAUAGUUCCUUACAGAUCCUAUGAAAGUGAUGGUAAUUUAUGAUGAGAUCAUUUCUUAAUUUAUCUAAGAAAUGGGUUAAUAUAAGGGUAGUGAAAUUAUUACCAUGGUAUUCAUGUUAUCUACUUUGUAUGGUUUGAUUACUUUGCGAUGUUGGAAAUUUGCGGGAUGUCGACGAUGGCCUCUAUAUAGAAGUAAUUAUUUAUUAUUUAAUUGAAUGCACGUUGAUGUCUGAGGUCGUAAUUAAAGACGAUGUAUCCCUUUUUGUAAAGCGUUUGAUUUAAAUGCUUAACACUUAUGUGUGUCAAGUUUUUCAAAUAGAAUGUGUACUACAACGAAGUGCUAUUAUUGUCUUAUACUUGUCUAUAUUAUGAUGUUUGUGCCUUGAUGCAAAUAAAAUAACUUACGA